GAUUUGCCGAGCAUUCAAUUCCUGCUGCAAGCCUCUUAACUUUCAGCAUUGCCGCCAUGCCAAACGACGCAAGGAAAAGGAUUGUCCUUGUUUGAUGCUAAGUUUUGGUUCAACAUUGUAAACAACAGAGCGAGGCACCAUGGUGAGCAGCUGUUAGCUCAAGACUGAGUAUGCGCAGGUGUGGUGGUUGGCUCCUUUGCUUGUGCAUUGUGCCGUCUGGCCCAUUUUGUGGUUCAACUCGGCGAGGCCUCGCCAUGCGCCGUUGGGCCGCUGCUGGAGCUUCGCGUGGCAGCGCGUGGCAGCAAGCGUGGCAGGAAGAGUGGCAGCAAGGUUGGCAGUCUGAGUAUGCAGGCAGCUCGCGUUGGCAAUCGCGCCGGGUGAAUGUGCCUGAAGGGAAGGAAAGCGCUGACUCCAGCGAAAGUCUUUGGUAUUUUGGCUUUGGUGCGAACAUCAACCCUUGGAAGCUCCGCGAGAAACGCGGAAUUAUCCCCAUUGAGCAGGUGUGUGGCAAGCUCCCAGGAUGGCAGCUCACCUUCAACCACAAGGGCGGUAUGGGGAACAUUGAGCAAGUGGGCUCGAGCAUGCUUGCAAGCGAUGGCCCAGGCGAGGUCCACGGAAUUUUGCUUUAUCUGAGCAAACACCAUUUCUUGAGAUUAUCGCAGAUGGAGUACGAAUACGGAACUGUUGAGGUGCAUGUGAAUGCGUAUGAUGGCAGGAACAUUGCAGCCAAAGCCUUCAUAACACCAGCUGAGUGGAAACUACCGCAGGGUGUCCCACCCCCGUUGAGAUAUUUGAAGCUCAUCCAGGAAGGCUGCGAGGCCAUGGGUAUUGAUGCGUCGUACCAGGACUGGCUGAAAUCCGUGCAGAGCCAAAAAGGUGAAAGGGGUCCAGAGUAUUGGGCUGUCCCGAGUCGCGCCAAGAAGCCAAGGCCGGAGCAGAAGGAGAGCGACAACUUACGUUUGCCUGCGUUGAAAAGGUUUGCAAUAGAUGGGUUGGUGGAUAUUGGGGCCAAUUUGGGAAAGUGUUCGGCACAAGACCUUGCAGCGCAACUGGUGCGGGCUGCGGCAGCCAAUGUGAGCCACAUUAUCCUGACGGGCUGCAGCAUGAAGGGCUCAAAGGAUGCACAGCGAAUAUGUGAUGAGUGGUCUAGACCUGCUGCACGUGAUAGAGCAACCCAACAGCUGGGUGCAGCUGCUGGCUUUGAGAUGGAUCAGCUGCCCAUUGUCCAGUUGCCAAUGCUUAUGUUUACGGCAGGGGUUCACCCACAUGAUGCGAAGAGCUGCAACGACAGAACGGUCGGUUUCUUGGAAUCUUUGGCCUCCGAUUCGCGGUGUGUCGCGAUUGGCGAGUGCGGCCUGGACUACGAUCGGAUGUUCUCACCACGGGAUGUCCAACUGCAUUGGUGCCGGAAGCAAAUCGAAUUGGCCAUGAGGCUGGGCAUGCCCUUAUUCCUGCAUGAGCGGGACAGGGACUCCAGCAAGGGCAAGCCCUUGGGUUCGGCAGCCGAUCUCAAGAAGAUUCUGCAAGACUGCAAUGUCGAAUCGAAGAAGGUGUGCAUCCAUUGCUUCACCGGGCCCGCGGAAGACUUGCAGGAGUAUAUUGGAAAGGGCUACUUCAUUGGACUGACGGGAUUUGCUGGGAUGAAAAAGCGCGGCGCCCAUAUAAGGCAGUUAUUGGCAACAGGAGCCCUGCCCCUGCAGCAGCUCAUGAUCGAGCGCCUUACUUUGAACAUGCUCGUCCAUUGUUCUGUUGUGCCGAUGACAGAUUGUCCCUUCAUGCUGCCGGAUAAGGAGUACUUGCCAGAUUCCUUAGGCAUCGCCGGCCGCAAGAACGAGCCAUGCUGCAUGCCGGCUGUUUGUCGAGCCAUUGCUGAGUGCCUCGAGGUGCCUCCGCAAAAGGUAGCGCAAGUGACAACCAGCAAUGCCCUGCGAUUCUUCGGCAUCUAGGAGCGUCGCUUUGCCAAGCGCAGUGUGGGCAGAGCCUGAUGUUCGGGAUUGACCCGUUGGAGAUGGCACAUUGUGGCAACAUGCCAACAUGGUUGUACAGUCGUACAGCUUGGCCGUUUAUCCGCCUCGGGUCAG